CUCGCCCCCGGUGGCCGCGCCGCGUCUCCGUUUUAUCCUGUCCUCUGUCCGAGAUUCAUUCAGUUCCUGGACCAUGAAGGGUUCGUUCGGUGUCCUUGCAGCCGCGCUGCUGAUCGCGGCCGUUGGCGCCCAAGACCUCCUUUCGGGCUACUCCAAUCCCAUGAAGGAUAGCAUGGCCCAUCAGUUCUAUCGUCUGGCCUCCCAGAAGAUGACCACCACCGGUGGUGCCCAGAAUGAGACCCAAUUGGCACUCGGUUAUGCUGGUCGUGCCGAUGAGGAGGAGGAUGCCCAGUGUCUGCAGGAUAUCAAUCGCAUUCGAGAUGCCAUCGACAAUAUGGAGGAGUGGGCCCUGGAAUUUCCCGAUACAUGGGGUCGCCUGCCCAUGGGUCUCUUCUGGGGUCACACCAUCAGCAUGGGUCAGUAUGAGGAAUGUGUGGCUGCCACCAGUACCUAUGGCACCGAGAUUCGUGGACAGUAUUGUCUGACCAGUUUGAAUAUAACCGAAUACUACUCGAGUGUGAAGAAACGCGGUGAGGAGUUUAAUCGAAUUAGUUACAAGCAAACGGAUCCUCAGGUCUUUGAGUUGGGCAUUUGUGUUCCAACGACAUGCAGUGCCAAGAAAACCGAUGAACUGUUGAAAUAUGUCAUUGCCAAGAUGUAUGGCACCGAUACAAUCAAUUUGGAUGAUACCAUGGUGACAGAGAAGCGGUGCAAAUAUGAUGCUCCAAUCCAAUUAAGGGGUAUUGAUAUUUUUGCCAUUGUGUUCUUCAGUUUGAUUAUAUUCUUCAUGGUGGCUGCCAGUGUCUACGAUUAUAUUCAGACCCGCAAGGGAGCUCCCAAAAAACCCCUUUUGGUUGCCUUCUCUGUGCUCACGAAUGCUCCCAAGAUAUUCACAGUGAAGAAGGUGAAUAAUCCGAAUGUUAUUCAUUGCCUGAAUGGAUUGCGAUGCUUCAGCAUGAUGUGGGUGGUCUUUGGCCAUGGCUACAUGACCUUCUACGAUCUGCCGCACAUCAAUAAGAAUCGGUUCUAUACUUGGGUCCAAACCCCCUUCUCGAUGCUCGUCCAGAAUGGCUCCCUGUGUGUGGACACGUUCUUCUUUAUGUCCGGUUUGCUGAUGUGCUGGGGUGCCUUCCGUGAAAUGGAGAGGACGAAGGGCAAGUUGAAUAUCCCAAUGAUGUAUUUCCAUCGUUAUAUUCGCCUCACUCCCGUGGUGGCUGUGGUGGUCCUGUAUACCCUGACCUUGUACAAGUACUCCGGAGCGGGUCCCAUGUGGUUCAAACUGGGCACUCAGGAUCAACGUUGCGAGGAGAACUGGUGGGCCACUUUGCUCUACGUUCAGAACUAUGCCGUUCCCUACAGAAUUUGCAUUACCCAAUCCUGGUACUUGGCCGUGGAUACACAACUGUACUUCCUGUCGCCAUUGUUCCUUAUACCCCUGUGGAAAUGGGGCAAAAAGGCUUUGGUGCCCAUUGUCAUCUUUUUGAUUAUUUGCCUUGGCGGCACCUUUGCCACCUUUAUGAUCUAUGAUUUCACACUGUUCCGUGUCCAGGAUGAUCGUGUCGAUCUGCGUCAGAGGAUGACCUAUUAUCCUACGCACACUCGCAUUCCCACCUGGUUGAUUGGUGUGAUCUUUGGCUACUUCCUGUUCACCCGGAACCGUGGACGUCAGAUCCCAAUGUCCAAGCCCUUGGUGUUGACUGGUUGGUUUGUGGCCUUUGGCACUAUGUUGGCUUGCAUGUGGGGUCCUUACUGGCGCAUCCUGCCGGAUACACCUGACUCCCCGCUGAUUGAGGGUGCCUUCUUUGAGCCUUUGAGCAGGACAGGCUGGGCCCUGGCCAUCGGUUGGAUUGUUUGGGCUUGCUACAAUGGACAUGGAGGUCUGGUGAAUGACUUCCUCUCGUGGAGUUUCUUCACCGGCUUCAGUCGCCUCACCUACUGCAUGUAUGUGAUCCAUCGCAUUGUCCAGCUGGUGAAUGCCGCUCGUCUGCAGACGGACACCCACUUCUCCAACUAUGAUGCGAUCCUUCGCUGGUGGCAUGACUUUGGCAUUACUUUGACCGCUUCCAUCUUUGCCACUUUGGCUUUUGAGGCCCCCAUUUUGGGCAUUGAGAAGGCCAUUUUCGGUCGGGGUUCGCCCAAGCCGGCACCCAAAAACCCACUCCCGGCGAGUGGCCAGGACUGCCCGGAGGCAGCUCCUGCUGCUGCUGCUGAGCCCGAAACCAAAUUAGAAACGGAAGCUGCAGAGACCAAGGCGGAAAUCACUCCCGAAUCCAGCAGCGUUGAGAAUCCCUCCAAGGCCUAGGCUUGCCCUGAGACGAAUUUUUGUUGUAUCCACAUGCGAACCAAUUUUUUU